AUGGACUCGAGAUUUCAUGCUACUGUGAUGCGACGGGAGGAAAAUGAUCAAGAAGAGGCUGUAAUAAAGCGAGAUGGGAUAAUGAAUGGACCAAGCACAACCAGCACAACCAGCGGCUCAAACAUAACUUACGACGUUGGUUCGCCCAGACAACAAUCACAAUCUGGAAUUCGUUCACUUCUCAAUCCUUCACCAACAACUUCAACCGGCGCACACCCGCAAUUCAAUCAACAAUAUCAUCCACCACCAGCGGCACCUCAACUUAUACCAUCACACAUUCCUCUUCAAUCAACUUCAACUUCAGCUUCACCCAUAGGUUUGGGUUUGGGUUCAGGUAUCCCUUCAUAUCAAAGUGAUCGAGAUUCUGGUUAUCAACGCAAUCAGAAACCAACCAGUAAUUACUACGAUCCGACUUCCGACUCGAGCGAAAGAAGACCUAAGGAAUCUUGGAGUGAUAGGGAAGCUAAGACAAGACAAAAUCGUGAUUCUUAUCCAUACCAAGCAAAUCAUCCACCCCAGACAUCUGCGGAUGGUAUACUGAAUCAUUACAACGGCACCUAUAAAUCUCCCGUGAAUACUCAUUUUCCACCACGGUCGCCCAUCUCACACGCGCACCCACAAGGUCGCGUACCUCCAGUGACACAAUCACCACGAGUGCCCACGAUGGAAUCACCAGUUAGUCGAAAUAAUGGUAGUAUUGGUGGAGGACCCGUAAAGCAGGAAAGGCCAGUCAUCAAACAAGAGCCUAUACCAGCUAGUACUCCUAGCAGAGUGGCGGACCCAAUGGCAUUUUCGAGUAUUCUGUCCAGCGCUGCUCCAGAACCAACUCCAAAGCCUCAACCAACCCCCACCCCUAUCAUAUCCAAGCCUCGCAAACCUUCACGACAAACCAUGCCUAGCUUGAAGCCGGAUCCCUCUCCGGCCCCUAGUUCUCGACAAUCUUCCAUCGCACCAGCUCCUCCACUACCUCCUCCACCUACCACAUCGCGAGUACCUGCAAAGCGCAAGGCAAAUGGGGAAACAAAAUCCACACCAAAACCUAAGCCUUUUACCAAGGAUCAAGAAAGGGAUAUCGUAAUUUUGAUGUCAAAGCUGGACGAAGAACCAGAAGACAGCAGCGAUGUGGAAUUUACGGAAGAGAAGAAACUCUAUGAAACACGAUCCCUUAAACGAAAACUCGAGGUUGAAAAAAUUGAAAUCGCCAAAACAAAGCAACGUCGAACCGAUUUCUCCAAUUCGAUGACCAAGAAGUUGGGAAAGCAUGCCAAGGCGGGUGAAGAGCGAUAUAGAGAAGUGGAAGGAGAUGCAGCCAUUUCGAAAGUACAAGCGGAUGAAAUUCAAACCGAAAAGGAGCGCAAGAAAGAUAUGCAGAGGAAGCGUCGUCGCGAAAAGACUGUUCAGAAUAACAUGGAACAAAAGGAGAUUGCCUUGGCCAAGGCUCAAGCAGCACAAGAUGAUCAAGAACGACACAAAUUUCUCCGCGAUGCCCAGAGAGCAGAAAAGAAAGCACAGCAAACUAAACAGAUACUCGCUAGAGGAGACAAGGGUCCAGAGAUUAGAGCAGUUUCACCCAUGGAACCUAAUAUGCAGGGAGGUAGUAUGUCGACAUUUACAGCUGUGGAUCCUGAUUCGAUCAAGAAGCCAAAGCGUGGUGGUGCCCGACCAAGAAAGUCUAAAGAGCAGAAGCAGGCAGAGAAGGACUCGGCUGCUGCAGCUCAGGAAGCUAUUGAUAAAGGAGAGUCACCAGCUCUCAUGUCAAGUAGGGAUGUAGGAGAGUUCAAAGACAUGAGGCCACUUCCAAUGAAAGAAGGUCCAAAGAUCAAACUCAAGUUCAAGGCACCAACAGAACCAGUAGAAAUCAAGGAAGAAUCGCCUCCUGCUCCGGUCGAUCAACAUAAUACAAAGAUGUUUCAUGUUGUCUAUGAUCAGAUUUGGAAGGAUCUUGCCCGAAAGGAGGUUCCCAAGGUCUAUAAACUUGCCAUGGACUCUUAUUCCAUCCGAGGAUCAAAUCUGAAGAAGACUGCAAUUUUGGCUUCGAAAGAAGCCAAACGAUGGCAAUUACGAACGAACAAGGGUACCAAAGAUCUUCAGGCUCGUGCUAAGCGUGUCAUGCGAGAAAUGAUGUCUUUCUGGAAACGCAAUGAACGCGAAGAACGUGAUACUCGCCGAGCCGCCGAGAAGCAGGAGAUUGAGAGCGCUAAGAAAGCCGAAGCCGAUCGUGAAGCAAAUAGACAAAAGAGGAAGCUCAAUUUCCUCAUUUCACAGACCGAGCUCUACUCCCAUUUCAUUGGCAAGAAGAUCAAGACGGAUGAGGUUGAGAGAUCUACCGAUAAUCCCGAUGUUGCGGUUCCGAAUAAGGCAGAUCAUGCGAAGCCAGAUCAUGGCGAUUUGCCAGAAGGUUCUGCUCUUGCCAAGGUUACGAACUUUGAGGAUCUUGACUUUGAUGCCGAGGAUGAAUCUGUAUUGAAAGCUGCCGCUAUGGCUAAUGCUCAAAACGCUAUUCAGGAAGCUCAGAAUAAGGCCAGAGCAUUCAACAAACAGCAAGAAGGACCUGCCAUGGAUGAUGAAGGCGAGAUGAACUUUCAAAAUCCUGCCGGCAUGGGUGACGUCGAUAUUGAACAGCCGAAGAUGCUCCAAGCUCAACUCAAGGAAUAUCAACUCAAGGGUCUCAAUUGGCUUGUCAAUCUUUAUGAACAAGGCAUCAAUGGUAUCUUGGCAGAUGAGAUGGGUCUUGGUAAAACCAUUCAGUCGAUUUCGGUCAUGGCUUAUCUCGCAGAGAAACAUGGUAUCUGGGGUCCAUUCUUGGUUGUGGCUCCUGCAUCGACACUGCACAAUUGGCAGCAAGAAAUCACCAAAUUCGUUCCAAAGUUGAAGGUACUGCCAUACUGGGGUACAGCAGCAGAUCGAAAGGUUCUCCGAAAGUUUUGGGAUCGAAAACACAUCACCUACACUGAGGACGCCCCUUUCCACGUACUCAUCACCUCCUAUCAACUCGUCGUUUCGGAUGUUGCUUAUUUCCAGAAGAUGAAAUGGCAAUAUAUGAUUUUGGAUGAAGCUCAAGCUAUCAAGAGUUCGCAAAGUUCUCGAUGGAAGAGUUUACUUGGUUUCCAUUGUAGAAACCGUCUUCUGUUGACUGGUACUCCCAUUCAGAACAACAUGCAAGAACUUUGGGCUUUGUUACAUUUCAUCAUGCCUAGUUUGUUCGAUUCUCACGACGAGUUCAGUGAAUGGUUUUCCAAGGAUAUUGAAAGCCACGCUCAAAGUAACACCAAACUCAACGAGGAUCAACUCAAGCGUCUGCACAUGAUUUUGAAACCCUUCAUGCUUCGUCGCGUCAAGAAACAUGUCCAAAAGGAGUUGGGUGAUAAGAUUGAAGAGGAUAUCUUCUGCGAUCUCACUUAUCGUCAACGAGCAUACUACAGCAACCUUCGAAAUCAGAUCAGUAUCAUGGACCUCAUUGAAAAGGCAACAAUCGGGGAUGACAAUGACACGGGUACGUUGAUGAAUUUGGUGAUGCAAUUCCGAAAGGUUUGUAAUCAUCCGGAUCUUUUUGAACGUGCUGAAACUACUUCGCCUUUCUCAUUCAGCUAUUUUGCUGAAGCUGGUUCAUUCUUGCGAGAAGGCCCCAAUGUUAUUGUGGCUUACUCUGCGCGUAACACGAUUGAGUAUUCGUUACCUCGAUUGAUAUGGCGAGAAGGUGGACGACUUGACUUGCCUGGACAGGACAAUGAUGGUGCUGGUGUCAAGGCAAGAUCCUUAGAGUCGCUCUUCAACAUUUGGAAGCCUGAGAAUAUUCUUGGCAGUGCCAAUGAGAACGGCGCAUUUUCAUGGAUUCGUUUUGCCAAUACUUCGGUACAAGAGUUAUCAACAGUUUCAAAGAAGGAUGUUUUUGCUCGUGCUGUGGAUGUUGCAAAGAAACCACAAAGUCUUGGUAGGCUCAACAUUGUCUAUGAUGAAGAGGAAGACAAGAACUAUACUCCAGUUCAUGCUAUGCUUCAAAUCGUGGAUAGGAAAGAUCGUAAGCCUCUUGCUGAAGUUACAAAUGAGGGAUAUCUCAACAAACUCUACAAUGUGGCCAAUGAUGUUUGGGCUGAAUCUGGUAUGAGUCUAUUGGAACAAUGUGGUCGACCACGUGCAACCGCCCCUCCUAUCGAAGUCACUUGUUCGAGUAGAGGUGCCGUGAUUGAAAGACAGAAGGUCUUAUUCAAUGUUUCGAUGAGACGUGCACUAUUUGGUCCUUCACCUUUUGAAGAGAAAGCAAUGAUUACCUCCAAGGUUUCACCAUCAUUCUAUCCACCAAAGCCAAUGCUACCAUCACCUAAUUCGGAAAAACAACGCUUUACCAACAUCAAAGUACCCUCAAUGCGGCGUUUCGUUACUGAUUCUGGCAAACUUGCUAAACUCGAUGCUUUACUUACCAAGCUCAAAGAAGGUGGUCAUCGUGUUCUUUUGUAUUUCCAAAUGACACGUAUGAUUGAUCUCAUGGAAGAGUAUUUGACUUAUCGCAAUUACAAGUACCUUCGUCUUGAUGGUUCCACAAAACUCGAGGAUAGGAGAGAUACUGUUCAUGAUUUCCAAACUCGACCAGAAAUCUUUAUCUUCUUGUUGAGUACCAGAGCUGGUGGUUUGGGUAUCAACCUCACAAGUGCCGAUACAGUCAUAUUCUACGAUUCUGAUUGGAAUCCUACAAUUGAUAGUCAAGCCAUGGAUCGUGCACAUCGUUUGGGACAAACUCGUCAAGUUACCGUCUAUCGUAUGAUUACUCGUGGUACAAUCGAAGAGAGAAUUCGCAAGAGAGCUUUACAGAAAGAAGAAGUUCAAAAGGUUGUUAUGACUGGUGGUACAGGUGGUGGUGUCGACUUUAAUACGAGAAGUAAGGAGAAUAGAACGAAGGAUAUUGCCAUGUGGUUGGUGGAUGAUGAGGAGGCGGCGGAGAUUGAGAGGAAAGAAGCUGAGCAGCUUAGAUAUGAAGCUGAGAAUCCUACUGCGAAUAAAAAGGUGAAGGGUAAGGGGAAGAAGGGGAAGGAGGGUGGUGGAGGGAGUUUAGAGGAUCUUUAUCAUGAGGGCGAAGGACAUUUUGAUGAUGGAUCGAAUAGGCCCAGUGGUGCUGCUACACCUAUUGCUGGUGAUGCGGGCAAGAAAAAGUCCUCGAGUAGUAAGAAGAGUGGUGGAGGUGGUGGGAGUAAGAAGGCCAAGACAGCUAAACAGAGGUUGGCUAUGGCGGAUGGGGAUGUGGAUAUGGGAUAA